AUUUGGUCUUCAUAUGCGCGAACUAGUGUCACGUGGAGCAAGAAGUCGGCGCGAAAGCCAAAGGUGUAGGGGCGCAUAAGGUGUACGACUCAUCUCAGGCAUCUUGAUACAAUGGCGUCCGAUAAAAUUAAAGUAAAGGAGCUGGAUAAGCGGGCCUCAGGCCAGGCCUUUGAGGUUAUCCUGGCUGAUCCUGCCCCUGAGGUGAAACCAGACUUCCCCCUUUCUCCUCAAAAGAAAAAAGAUUGGUCACUGGAUGAAAUCAAGAAGAAACUGGAAGCAGCUGAGGAAAGACGUAGGUCCCAUGAAGCUGAAGUUCUGAAGCACUUGGCUGAAAAGCAUGAGCAUGCAAAAGAGGUGCUCCAAAAGGCUCUGGAGGAGAACAACAAUUUCAGCAAGAUGGCGGAGGAGAAACUUAACCAGAAGAUGGAGGCCACUAAAGAGAACCGUACGGCGAUAAUGGCAGCCAUGAAUGAGAAGUUCAAAGAAAAGGAUAAGAAGCUGGAAGAAGUCCGUAAGAACAAGGAGAACAAGGAGGCAGUGAUUUGACCUUUUCACCCAGGAUUUUUUCUUUUAAAAAACAAAAA